ACCAACAUUACAGUCAACGGUACAAACUACGCAGCUUACAACAGAAAGGUCGACAUUUAAACCGACAUCGGUGCUCACUACGACUCAAACAACAACUUUGCCUACAACAAUAAAAACAACAGAACGCCCCACACUUAAACCAUCCACAACAUACACAACCAUCAAAACCACAUUUCCAACAAUAAGUCCUACUACAGAAGAGACUACCGCAAAAACGACAGGAAAAUCAACACUAGAAACUACACAGAAAUCAACCGUUUCCACGUCAAUAAAACCAACAACACAACAGUCAACGUUACAGACAACGCAGCUUACAACAGAAAAGUCGUCGGUUGAACCGACCUCAGAGCUCACUACAAGGCAAAUAACAACAACAAUGACCACACCAGAACGCUCUACGCUUCAACCAUCAACAGCAUCCACAACCAUCAAAACAACAUUUCCAACGAUAAGUCCAACUACUGAGGAAACCACCGCAAAAUCUACCGUGCAGACUACACAGAAAACGACCAGUGUAACUACACUGAAGCCAACAACACUUCAGUCAACCGUACAAACAACACAACUUACAACGGAGGAGACGUCAGCUGAACCCACAACGGAGCGCACAACAAAACAAACAUCGGAACACACCACGUUUCAACCAUCUACAGCAUCCACAACUAUUCAAACAACGAUACAACCAACCACUAUCAUUCCAACAACAGAAAGGACAACUGUAGAAACAACUGCAAAAUCAACCCAGCAAACUACACAGAAAACAACCAGUUCAACUACACUGAAACCGACAACACGUCAGUCAACAGUACAAACAACACAACUCACAACUGAGAAGACGUCAGCUGAACCCACAACGGAGCGCACAACAAAACAAACAUCGGAACACACCACAUUUCAACCAUCUACAAAAUAUACCACUGUUCAAACAACAAUGCGUACUGUCCUUCCAACAACACAGAGGACUACUGCAGAAACAACUGCAAAAUCAACUCUGCAAACUACGCUGCAAACAACCAUCUCAACUUCAGUGGAACCUACAACACGUAAAUCAACGAUAGAAACAACGCCGCUUACAACACAAAAGACGACGGUUGCAAAGACCUCGGAACAUACAACGCAACAAACGACGGGACAAACAACAAUUCAAACAUCUGAACGCUCCACGAAACAUACAACGCAACAAACGACGGAGCAAACAACAAUGCAAACAUCGGAACCCUCCACGCUUGAACCAACCACAUUAUCCACAACAGCUAAAACAACAGUACUUCCAACCACUAUUGUUGCAACGACAGAGAUAACUACUGCAGGAACGACUGACAAAAUCAACCAUGAAGACUACACAGAAAACGACCAGUUCGACCACACUAAAGCCAACAACACUUCAGUCAACAGUACAAACAACACAACUUACAACGGAGAAGACAUCAGUUGAGCCCACAUCGGAACACACCACGUUUCAACCAACUACAGCAUUCACAACUAUUCAAACAACGGUACAACCAACCACUAUCAUUCCAACAACAGAAAGGACAACU